AUGGCCACUUCAGCCUUCGGAGUCAUCCUUGCUGUGCUGGCCUCGCUCAUCAUCUCUGCCAAUGCACUGGUGGCCGUCGCCCUCUUUCGCCUCAUCCAGAAGAGCGGAUACAACGGGCUCUACUUUGUUCUUAACCUGGCCAUCUCAGAUGCCAUGGUUGGCUUCACGGUCAUCAGUCUGGCCAUAGAUGAACUUUCCCAGCCCUUUUAUCCCUCCCAGACCUUCUGCAUCCUGAGAAUGGCUUUCGUGAUCUUCUCCUCUGCUGCCUCCAUCCUUUCCCUAACACUGGUUGCCUGUGACAGGCACUUGGCAAUCAGGAAGCCUUUCCACUAUUUCCAGGUGAUGACAGGCCUGCGGGUCGGGGCGCGCUUGGUGGGGCUCUGGCUGCUUGCUGCCAUCAUUGGUUUCAUCCCGGUUGCUGCCCCAGGCUUUCAGCACUUGUCCUUCUCUACCAAGGCCAGGUGCUCCUUCUUUGGAGUCUUCCAGCCAGGCUACUUGUUCAUCGUCUUCUGUGUUGGCUUCUUCCCAGCGCUCUUUAUUUUCAUAUACCUCUACUGUGACAUGCUGAAAAUCGCAGCCAUACAUGUGCAGCACAUCCGGGAGGUGGAGCAUGCGGGGCUGGCGGGUCGCUGCCGCCCGACGCGCACUACCAGUGACAUGAAGGCCAUGCGCACUGUGGCCGUGCUCACCGGCUGCUUCGCGCUGUCCUGGUUGCCGUUCUUCAUCGCCAGCAUCGUGCAGGCCAUGUGCCCCGAGUGCUUCCCCUACCAAGUCAUUGAGAACUACCUGUGGUUGCUGGGACUGUGCAACUCCCUCCUGAACCCCCUGCUCUACUCUUACUGGCAGAAGGACGUGCGGCUGCAGUUUGUCCAGCUGGCUGCCAGUGUGAAGAGGAGAGUCCUCCUUCACCUGGGGAAAGGCCCUCAUUUCCACUGCAGAAGCACCAAGCCCCUCCCCGCCGUGUCCUGCGUGCAGCUCCAGGACUCGCACGGUAAGGAGUCCUGCCCAUCUCCACCACCACAGUUGUGA